AUGACUUCGAGGGAUCGCACUGUGCCGGCUGGACUAGACCGACGAAAAUCCUCAACUCUGCAUUACCAGACGUUCCCUACGACUCCUCCGACGUCCCGCGGGCCCCCGCCAGCAUCGCCCAGUGGCUCGUCGGGUCGAGAAGAUAAUCCUGCGCGCCAUCCGUCUCAUACCAACGAUGUAGAUGACGAAUAUCAGAGGUCCCCUCUUCCGACGAGGCAACUGGCUAUACUGGCUGUCAUAGCCCUCGCAGAGCAAACCGCCCUCAAUUCCAUAUGGCCCUACCUCCCAACCAUGGUUUCAACUUUCCCCGAGGUCGAUAAAAGUAGUGUAGGAGUAUAUGUGGGCACAAUAGCGUCAUCCUUCGCUUUGGCGCAGUUUGCAACGAACUUUUUCUGGGGUUGGCUCUCUGAUCGCAUUGGGCGGAAACCUGUUGUUAUGCUAGGGACAGUUCUCACAGCAGCAUGCUUUGUUGCGUUUGGGUUUUGCAAGACGUUGUGGCAGGCAAUAUUAGUUCAAGCGGCUAUGGGGCUAGUCAAUGGGAAUCAAGGGGUCGUGAGCACCUGUCUAGGCGAGAUUACAGACAGGAGCAACCAAAGCAAGGCCUUUGUGUACCUGCCUGUGAUCUAUGGCAUCGGGGGCAUUACAGGUCCAGCUCUUGGUGGACUCUUGGUCAUGCGCAACAAAUCCUACCCUUUCUUGCUCCCAAAUAUAGUCUCUGCCGGAAUUCUCCUUGUAGACCUGGUUAUCACCGGUAUAUUCCUCGAAGAGAGUCUGCAGCAGGCAAAAGAGCUGCCACCUCUCCAGGAACGAAUUCAGAGUUUGUUUAGCUGGGCUUGGCAGUUUCUUGGUAGUGCUCGGCGUCCGAGCUAUCUUCGCUCCUACUACCCUCCUCGCUUCCGUAACGAGGAUCUCGAUGACUCCGAGACAGACAAUGAGAGCGAGAGCCAGUCGUUGCUCUCAAUGCCAGACCUAUUCCCCCACAACGGCAAUCACCUCACAGGAAAGGAAAUCCUUAACCGGAACACUAUGCUUCUCUUGGGCACUUACUUAAUCUUCCAACUCUCCAACAUCUCGUUCAACAGCCUCUAUCCUAUCUUCGCAAAUUCGCAGCCUCCUACCGGCCGCGCACUUGACGCCAGUGAAAUUGGAUUGUCGCUUUCCUUUGCGGGAAUCAUUACCAUCGUCUUCCAGGUUGCUAUUUUUGGCAGAUUAAAGGAGAAGAUGGGCAACAAAAGAACGUAUAGGGCGGGGCUAUUUUUAAUCUUCUUAUCUAUGAUGAUGAUGCCCUGGAUCGGGUAUCGGGACUCUCCAGCUCCAUUUGGCUGGGGAUCUGGGGGAGUAUGGCUAUGGAUUGAGCUGGGUUUCGUGCUACUCGUGAAAACAGUUGCGUCCGUGGGAGGGUUAACAAGUGCAUUGUUGCUAAUUACAAACUCAGCACCCAAUCAUUCUGUCCUCGGAACGCUUAAUGGUCUUGCCCAAACUCUUUCGGCCGCUGGAAGAGCGGUAGGUCCAUUUCUUUCAGGCGGUCUUUUCACCCUCUCUACACGUGUUCAACCAAAAGGUGAAGCACUAGCAUGGGGUGUAUUUGGCGGGAUCGCAUUUUUAGGGUGGAUAGCAAGCUUUGGGAUAAAGGGGGAGAGAUUAGAGGAUACAGAGUUCGAUGAUGGGAAUAGGAGUUCGGAUGAUGAGGAAGAUGCUUCUAGUGAGGAUAGCCAAUAA